UUGCUCUUAGCCACCCAGAGGAGUGCGCGCCGCCGACACCGCCGCCAUGUCCGUGACCGUCCUGAUCAACGGCUAUGGUAUCCUUCAGGACCCACAAAACCGCUUCCCAGACAUCUUUGUGUUUGUGUUGACUGUGUCGCAACAGCAGAACGUCGCCACGACGUCGUCCUGGACAGUGUACCGCCGUCUGGAAAUGUUUGAGCAAUUGAGCUUGAGCAUUGGAGCGGAAUUCCGCCAUUUGAACCUCCCGCCGUGUCCAUUGGUGGCGUCGGCGAACGUGUCCAACAUGCAGGUGAUCGAGCGUUGCCGCGACGACUUGUCGCGGUGGUUGGCGCCACUGCUCAGCUACCCCUACGUGAACUCGCUCAUGCAGUCGCGCAGCUUCAUCGACUUCAUCUCUGCCGAAGCCAACACGAUCCCCGCGGGGCUGCUCUUGUCCCAGCAUUUUUUUCCUCAGGCCAUGCACCACUCGACGUCGUUGUCGAUUCCGAUCCCAGCCGGCCAAGCCAACAUUGGCGAAAUGGACAUGGACUUUAUGUUCUCCGCCGACGACGAAGCAUCCGGAGCAAAGGACGACGACAUGUUCCAUUUUGGCGACUCGCACCAACCGACCACCCCCGUCGCGACCUCGUCAACAGCCCCGCCUCCCGCCGACGGCAAAGUCACGCUUGAAGACUUCCAUCUCGUCAAAGUCAUCGGCAAGGGCUCGUUCGGGAAAGUCAUCCUCGUGCGCAAGCGGGACAGCGGCAUCGUGUACGCCAUGAAGGUCCUGCGCAAGGAGAACAUCAUCAAGCGCAACCAGGUCGAGCACACGCGCACAGAGCGCCACGUGUUGGGCUACGUCCGCCACCCGUUUAUCGUUGGCCUGAACUAUGCGUUCCAAACCGUGGACAAACUCUACUUUGUGCUCGACUACUGUGCCGGGGGCGAAUUAUUUUUCCAUUUGGGCAAAGUGCAGCGGUUCAAGGAGCCCCGCGCGCGUUUCUAUGCGGCCGAAAUUACCCUCGCCAUCGAAUAUGUGCACAAUCUGGACAUCAUUUACCGCGAUUUGAAGCCGGAAAACGUUCUUUUGGACGAGAACGGCCACAUUCGGCUCACGGACUUUGGCUUGUCGAAAGAAGGCAUUCAGGACGACUUUUCCGGCGCGAAUUCGUUUUGCGGAACCCCGGAAUACCUGGCCCCGGAGAUUUUAAAUCGUUCUGGACAUGGCCGAGCGGUCGACUGGUGGUCCCUCGGUGCCUUGUUGUACGAGAUGUUGACGGGGUUGCCGCCGUUUUACUGCCGGGAUCGCGACAAGUUGUUUGAAAAGAUCCGCCAAGGCGAACUCACGUUUCCAAAGUACCUGAGUCCGGAGGCGGUGGAUUUGCUGAGCAAGUUACUCGAACGCGACCCGACCAAGCGCUUGGGCACUGGCCCCACGGAUGCCGGGGAAAUCAAAUCGCAUGCAUUUUUCAAUGAAAUUCAAUGGGAGCAACUCGCACUGGGCCAAGUACCGCCGCCGUGGCGCCCGUCCUUCAACGGCGCAUUGGACACGUCUCAGUUCGACAAGGAGUUUACCGACAUGCCGAUUUUCAGCCCCGACAACCGCAGCGGCGGCGGUGGCAUGAUGGGCACGAGUGUCGGACGCCGGCACUUGUAUCGCGACACGGAGGGGCUGUUUCAAGGGUUUACAUACUCGGAAGAGGAAUCGUACAUGGAGAAAGCGAAUCCGUCGGCGCGACAGCCGACGUCUGGGCAUCACAUGAUGCCCCCAAGCCAGUUUUAGACGUGUGUCGGACAAGAACAAUGUACAACAACGAAAAUACAAGCAAUAUAUAUAGGAAAAAAAUGUUCAAUCAUCCAUCGUGUUGAGUAAGUAGGACGAGUAUUAUUAAAAUGUUCAAUCAUCCA